UGUGUGAGCUGAGGAAGCAGACCAGCAGAGCAGAGCAGCAGGGUCAGCAGGCAGGAGGACUAAUUCACAAUUGCUGACAUUAUUUGAAGCACAUUUAGAAUCUAGAUUAGUCGAUGGACAUGCAAGAACAUAUAACUGGUGAAAUGGGGACGAGUGACCUACAAUGUGACUGCUAGUCUAAAAGUAAGAAGGACGACAAAGAAUUGCAUUCCACAAUUUCCAGCAUCCCUCAAGUUGAUAAUUUGAUCACCAAUCUUCUUCCCUGUAACUACAAAUGAGGUAAUUCAAAAGACUGACAAAUAAGAAGUGAUAGCAAAUAUUCAAAUCUUCCUACGUCCUGUGGAUUUUUCAUCAUUAACAUUAUCAAAUCAACAAAGUAAGUUUGUGGGAUGGAUUCGCGACCACAGUCUGAAACUAAUUCGGGAGCGAGACGUCGGAUUGAUGAGGCCGAGAAUGAUAAAAACAAUGAGACGGCUUCAACCUCAACGUCAAUCGCUUCAUCCAUGCGCUGUCCUUCGGUCCUAAAAUCUUGUCCAGAAUCGUCGUCACUUGUGGAGAUUCAGUUGGCCAAAGUUUCUGAAAAAUUGGUCAAACUUAUCAAAUCAUCAGAGACGAAACGAGUCAGUAUUCGAAAUCGAUUAUUAAAUGGAGAACUGGAACCACAAUUUCUCGCUUUGGAACAUAAAGUCGUGGCUGCAGAGAAUAUUAGGACCUUGGAGGACUUGUAUGCGGACGUACAACGACUUCGGAUUGUUGCCGCAGAAGAUAAAGAACUGAAAGAAAACGAACUUAAAUCACAGACUGAAGUUUUUCAGCUGGAAUUUUUUAAAGAUGUUGUGGCCUUGUUGGAGACUGAGUUUAGCUGCGUGAUUUGCUGUGAAAUUUUCUUAGAGCCAGCAGUAAUAGAUUGUGGGCAUACGUUUUGCUCUUAUUGCAUCAAUGAGUGGAAGAAGGAAAAGAAAGAAUGCCCCAUUUGUCGAAAACCCAUUAUUAUUUGCACAAAGCACGUGGAAAUGCAAAAUUUUGUAACAAAAAUCCACACCAUGAUGUCCCAAGAUAUACAAGAUAAGAGGAACGAGCUAGUGAGCGAAAGGGAAAAUACCAUAGCGUCGGGAGCACGCCAACGUCCGGAAUUUGGUCUUGCGAAUUUCAAUGAAUAUUUGGUGCAAGAAAUUAAUGGAUUUUAUAACAACGUUCAAAUCCUUGGUCGUGAAGUAGCGUCAAUGGAUAGACAGGUAUACGUAUAUGGAUAUCCCCUUGGUCCGUUAUCUCCACCGGGUUUUGGAGCUUACGCUGGGGAAAUGGGAAUGCGGCCAUUUCGCUUGUCACCUGCAGCAAGCCCUCUGAAUACACAUAUGGAAGAAGUGUCACCAUUUAGUUCCGACGAUGAAGACGACGGUGGACAAGGGGAACAUGCUGUUGCAGCGUCCUCGUCAUCUGCAUUCCUAGUUACAGAUCCAACGCCAGCUCUCCCAGCUACGCUUAUUUCGUCCAUGUUUAAUAGUCCUUCCACUUAUCAUACUAGUACCAACAACAACGACGUUGUAAGGAAUUCCAGCUAUGGACAUCUUUGUCCUUAUUUUUCUGCACAAAGUAUGAAUAUCCGUCAGCCAACGUCAGGAGCAAGUAGUCUCUCAACCCCUAGUACAUAUCAUCAGGGGUAUCCAUGUCAUUUUCAUGCGAAUGCGAAUGCGACAAAUAACAAUUCCCUUGGUUAUCAUGGAAUGCCGUCUUCCUUCUAUCAGCCGCGUGAGGAACCGCCGAUAUCGAUCCUUCCACAAGCCGCCCAUGCCAACCGACUCACUAAUCCCAUCCGACCGCAACAACAAUUAAACCAAGUACCACCACCUGCUCAUCAAAAUUCGACAACUAAUAAUGGAUACUUUAUUAAUCAUCGACAUCCUCCUGCUCCUCCUCUACCUCAGCAAUCGUCUUCUCAAAUGCGUCCUUCAAAUCUAAAUGUAACUUUCAAUGUUACUAGUAGCGUCGUUCCUAAUACUUCUCAUAAUUAUGGAUUCAUUCCAAUGACCCCUUCUCGUGAACCAUUAACUGCUCCUCCGGUGCAAUAUGGAAUUUUUCCACAUCAAAUUUACGAGUUCAAUCAGCAGCAACGACAAACAUUAUUUGCACCGACUAUGUAUACCACCACAAUGGGACAGUCCCAUGCGGCACCGUCUAAUCAACAAACUCAACGUCCGUAUCAUGCCUAUACGUCACAGCCAUGCAGCCAUACAAAUGUCAAUGUUAAUGAAAGCAGCUCCGGAAGAGGAAGAGGCUCCUCGUCAGACUAUUGCUCCAACAAUUAUAACAAUACUGAAGGAGUUCAUCGACGUCUUGGACGAAGAAGAAGACAGGAAAGUGACACUGAAACUGAACACAAUAAUGUUGAGUUUUUGUUUGAUGAUGAAGAUUUGACAGAAGUAGAAAUUAUUGAAGAAAUUUCACAAGAGCCACCACCAACAUCGUCGUCAAUUUCAAUGGUAUCUCAAUGCGCAGAUAAUCGUAACAACAGUAAUAGUAUUGGCGCCACUACCGCUCACACCAUGACAUUUCAAAAUGAGAGUUACGACCCAUGCCCGCUUCCACCCAGACGUCAACGAAGGAACGAUCGUGAUGAAAGCAUUGCUGCUUCCGGUAGUAAUGUCCACAGUAUAAAUUCACAACCGUGUCGACGUCGGAUACCAUAAUCGUCAUAAUCAUCAAGGGCAAGAUACUGAGGACUUUUAAUCAAUAUUCAAUUUUGGUCAUCAUUAUUCCACCACCACCGCUUCCUUCUCGUCUCAACUGUUGUGCCAUCCAAUUAUACCUUUCAAAUUCGCAGUAAUAUUAUUAGCAAUUAGUAAUCAUGUCAAAAAUUAUGAGUUCCUUGACGCUCGUGCCUUUAUAGUUAUUGUUUUCUUAAAAUUAUAAGUUCUCUGUUUUCGAUUAUAAAUGUCCUUAUUGUAUCUGUUAACGGGCAUAAUUGGCAUAAGAAAUUGCUAUGAAUUUAAAUUUAAUACGGUUUACAUUUGAUAACUGGAAAUUGUUGAGAUAAAUUAUUGUUUAAAAAACACCAAGCUAAUAAUAAUCCUCAUGUUAAUUGUGUAAUCAAAUCAAGUUUCAGUGUGAUACUUUGAAUAUAAACUGCUGAGUUACCGUCAAAUGUAUUUUUUCUAAUCAGUAGAGGUGUCUUGUAUAAUUUAAGCAACUAAUUAUUGAAUCAUACUAAAGCUAACAAACGAAAAUUUGAUAUUAUUUAUAUAAUAAACGUAUAUGAGAACAUUAUUUACUACAUGUAGUUACCGCAGAUGAAGUGUGUAAGAAUUACGUAAUAUCCCUGUACCAUUGUUAUUGUAGUGAAGUGAAGUAAAUAAAGCGUAUAAAAAUCAAUUAA